AUGGAGAGGAUAGAUAAGGUGUUUAAUGAAAUUAGAGAUGUUAGGGAGUGUUAUGCAAGAUAUCUGUCUCUUAAGAACAGGAGGGCUGAGAUAGAGAAGGAUAUGGCCUGGAUAGAAGAGGAGAUCAGGAGAGCCGAGGCAACGGAUCUGGAAAGGGAAAUAGAAGAGAUCAACAGCGAGUACCAGGGCAUUCUUGAGAGCAUUGAGAAGCUUUCCCUCAGCUCUAGGGAGUGCAGAAGCAUAGAAGAUCUGGAGGCUGUUUUCUCCAAAAUCACAGACAUAGAUGUGCUGAUGAAGAAGUCGCUGGAGUUUCUCAGAUGCUCGGUUGUUCUUAUCGGCAUCGACCAGGCAGGUAUAGAGGCAAUCCACAACCUCCCAGGCGAUGGUGAGCUGCUCGCCUUCAGGGUAGAUAAAGAUGUGGAGAGGCUGUUUCAGGUUUCUGCUGAAUAUCCCGAAAUGCAGAAGAAAUGCUACCUCUUGUUCAAGUCGACAGUGCAUGGGGGAAUCCAAGGUGUUGUACCUGCAGACAUGAAGGUCUUUCAGGAUGAAAGAGCACUGUUUUUUGUGUUUAGGGGCGAUAGUGCAGAGUCCUCAGAGCAUCCAUUUGCUGGAAGGAUUGUUGAAAUAGGCCCGGAGGAGAUUUCAAAGUACAAAAUGACGUCCCAUGCGAUCUUUGGGGCCCUCCGAGACAAUUUGAGGGAAAUGGUUGUGGAAAGAAGUCUUUCUGAUGAGUCGGUGGAGAGAAGUAAUGCAUUUUUCAGAGAGACGGAGUUUUACAUCCACAAUAUCCCUGAGUGGAGGCUUGACGUUGUUAUGAAGGAGAUUAUUGAAAUGACAAAGGGGCCAAGAAGCAUGGAUGCAGUUGAGACUCUCGAAUCCUCGGACAGAAUGCCAAAGUUUGUUUCCACAAGCUACAAAAGGUUUUUGGCAUGCUUUGAGCUGUUUAGGACACUGAAGUCAAAAAGACAUGAGAAAGGUGCCCGGAUUGUUGACAGGGCUAUAAUGAAGCUGUUUGAUCCAAAGAGAUAUGAGCCCUCUGUAUACAGCCACUUUAUUGAGUUUGCAGAUAUAACACAUUUCCUAAGGACCUAUCCCGGAUAUUCCCUUGCAGACGAACUAUCAAAAAGAAAAGAGAUGCUGUUUUUUGAUGUUGUCCGAGAAUCUUCCCGAGUCAAUGUGAGCCUGAGCGAAUCUCUGGUGACUCUCAAACUGUACUUCAAGGAAAAGCAUGUAGAGUUUGCCGAGAACCUGGAAUCGUUCGUGCCAAUGAUCAACAGAAAUCUGUUUGAGAUCCAAUUUUUCGAGAUGCUCGAUGAGGGGUUGAUGGAAAAGAUUCUGGGGCUAGGGAUGGCAAAAAGCAGCACCAUUCGGAAUCUUGUUCUACUGAUAGACUAUGUCCUCGACCUUUCGUUCCAUCUUCCUACCGGGGCGAUAAGAAAUCAAGACAAGCUCCGAUCUUAUAAGCAGGUGCUGUCUCUGGACAGAGAAGCACUUAUCAAAAGCUACAGAAAUGGUGAGCUCUGUGUUUCCCAUGAGGAGUUUGGCUCUCUCUGCUCCCUGGCCUUCCGAGAAUCUGAAGACAGGAGGUUUCUAUUGAGUAAAAUGGAGGAAUGA